AUUUGAAUAAUAAAUUAUGAUACUUGUUUUCUAAUUAACGGCAGAGUUAUGAAUAUAUAUAGGAAGGUGGGAUGUGUAAAGAGAUUGGAUGAAUUGGGUGGGAUUUAAUUGAAUAGUAGGAAAAGAGGCAUGGAAAAAAGAAGGUUAAGAAAAUUGUGCUGGAAUAAGGAAGAAGACCAAGUCAGAGAAUUGUGCUGUUGAAUUUUAAAGUAGAAAACGAAGAAACAAAUGGGAAGAAGGUAGUAUUAUUUUUGGGUCAACUCAAACAAACUUUCCAAAACAAGGAAGAAGAAAAAAAAAAAAAAAAAAACUUAAAAAGUUGGAAGCAGAUCUCAUCCGUCGUCCUUGCAUAUUAUGCUAUGCACCCUUCUCUGCUUUGUCAGGAUUGAUUAUCCCUGAGGAAUUUUGGAGCCACACACAGACACAGACACAGACACAGACACAGAUAUGGGAGCUUGUUUCAGUUCUGUUAAUCAGACCCCAUCUACCACUGCCCAUUUCACCUCAGGCAUAUCACAGACGACGAGCAACACCACCUCUUCAACUGCAAGCAACGUCUCCCGGAAUAGCCAUUUCUCAGCAGCCAGCGGAUCAGUUGAUGACGGACAAAUAUUACCCCACCCUAGUUUAAGGAUAUUUUCUUUUGUGGAACUCAAGACCGCCACCAGAAAUUUUAGAAGUGAUACGGUCCUGGGAGAAGGCGGCUUUGGCAAAGUUUACAAGGGUUGGCUUGAUGAGAGGGCUUCCUCAAGGAGUGGUAGUGGCACUGUUAUUGCCGUUAAGAAAUUGAAUUCUGAGAGCUUACAAGGACUUGAAGAGUGGCAGUGUGAGGUAAAUUUUCUUGGAUCGCUUUCACAUCCUAACCUGGUCAAACUCUUGGGAUACUGCUGGGAAGAUAAAGAACUAUUGCUUGUCUAUGAGUUUAUGCAAAAGGGCAGCUUGGAAAACCAUCUUUUUGGAAGGGGCUCUGCUGUUCAGCCACUUCCGUGGAAUAUAAGGCUUCAAAUAUUGAUUGGUGCAGCCCGAGGCUUGGCAUUCCUGCAUGCAUCUGAGAAGCAAGUCAUUUACAGAGACUUCAAGGCCUCGAAUAUAUUGCUGGAUGGCUCUUACAAUGCAAAGAUAUCGGAUUUUGGCUUGGCUAAACUCGGUCCUUCGGCUAGUCAAUCACAUGUAACAACACGGGUAAUGGGAACGUAUGGUUAUGCUGCUCCUGAGUAUGUUCAAACAGGACACUUGUACGUGAAAAGCGAUGUCUAUGGUUUUGGUGUGGUGUUAGUGGAAAUGCUCACAGGUCUAUGGGCGCUAGACACAAACCGCCCAAGCAACCAGCAUAAUCUGGUUGAGUGGAUUAAGCCGCAUUUAUCUGAUAGAAGGAAGUUGAAGGACAAGAUGGAUUCGCGGCUGGAAGGAAGAUAUCCAUCCAGAGCUGCAGUUCAAAUAGCACAACUGGCACUGUCAUGUCUUGGACCUGAACCUAAAACCAGACCGUCAAUGAAAGAAGUAGUUGAGAAACUAGAACAGAUUGAGGCAGCCAAUGAAAGACCCAAGGAGCCUAGAGUAACAUCCAGACAUCAGACUGCUUAUAGAUACCGUCAGCAACCUUUGCACCAUCGUUCUCCACUUCAUCCAAGGAACGAUGUAAAUCGAGCCUAUCCACUCCCAAGAAGAGCAUCAUGAAAAUGAACUUUUUAUUUUUUUUAUUUUUUUUUAUAUAGCUACGUUUACUUAGUUGUCCAAAUACACAAAUGUUGUCUGCUUUUAUUUUUUUUUGUUGCCUGACGUCUGUGGUUGUGAUGUGAAGUGUUAAGGCUCUGUAUGGCAUUAGGUUGUGUUUGUUUCAGUGAUAUGUAAAGAGUUCAUUAUAUUGUACAUUGAAGGAGAUUCAAGAUUCAAGAUUCAAGAUUUCAAGUCUUUAAUGUUAUGGAUAUGGUUGAAUA